ACACGUUUUUAAGGACUGCAUUAUCAGAAACAAAUUCGUACGAGUUAAUGAAUUUUGAACGCGCGCCUAUUUCAAAUUUGUAAACACAAAUAUCGACAAAACACUUCAACAGACGUCAGACCAGACUCAGUCUACUGGAAACACGCUGCAGGUACAUAAUAAUGAAUGGGAAUUCGUACUUCAAGCAGCUGAAACAGUUGUGUCGGACAGUUGAACAGGGACUACAGGAAGUGACAGAUGAAGUCGAAAACAACUACUCCCAUCGAGGGUCAGCGGCAGCGGUCAAAAAAAUGGUAGAUCUCAAGACAGAUGUCAAGGACAUGAGGAAUCAAGGGAAAGAACUGCUUCAGACUUUAGAGAUAGAAGGUGAAAAGUUUGACAAGAUCCUAAAGAUUUCCAGACAGUACUUAGAAGUUUAUAAACAGAGCGUUCAGAGAACGGAGGAGUAUUAUACUAAGUAUGGAUACCAAAAACCAGUUUUGGAAACAAAUUCCAAGCAGGAAGAGAAGGUGGGGGAACCAGUUGAGGAAGAAGAGAGCAAGCCAAUUGAGGACCAGGACACAGCUGAGACGAAUAAAACGCCACAGAAAGAAAAGUCCCUCACUGAUUUGCCUCGUACACCCAAACCAGAGGACUUUGGUCUAAGCAGUCUAGUAUUGAGUGCCUAUAAACGACCUGAAAAGACGCAGGUGUUUUCCUUCCUAGAAGUGUCAGCAAAUAGAAAUAAACUGGAUUCCGUGCCAGACGUAUUUCAACAUGACGGGAUACAGGUCUCACCAGGUUUUCUGAGUUGCAAACGCACCACGCCAGGCUGGAAACAAUAUGGCAUGGAUAAACAGUUUUUGGUCCCAAAACUACAAGAUGGCGUGUUUAGAAAGGUGGAUAAAGAGAAUUUUGACAGCAGUAACAAUCCUGCCCCUCGAUUUACUGUCAUGGCUGAUGGGAUAGGAAAGGACCUGAGCGACAUUACUGGGAUCCAGCGCCUCCCAAACACCCCGGAAUUGGCGUCUACAAGGGUCCACUCUCAUCUCCAUCGCCUCCCUAGUACCACCAAGACACAAAUUAACCACCAGACACCACCAGACACCCCUCAAAUGACCUCAAAGUUACAGUUAAACCAUCAGGCACCACCAGAUACCCGUGAAGUGACCCAUGGUAUGAUGUAUAUUGACCAUCGUCCAUCUCCGGGCUCCCCCAAACUGUCCUCCACCAAGGCCUGGUCAACCAAUCGCACACCGGAGAUGCCAACUUUCUUAAAGAAGUAUAAGAUGACAGAGCCAUGUUUUGCCAGUCCUGUCUCUAAAUUGUGGAAAUCCCCCACAAUUCCCCAGCAACCAGAACAUCAAAGUCACAUGGAGGCUUUCCAUGAAAUGCCGAAGGUACCAAAAUUAAAAGGGAUGUUUGGUUUACAUAACUGAUGUCAGUCGAGACUGUGCAUUUGUUGUGUUUAGAGUGUGAGUGGUCAAUAAAUGUGUAGAAGAAUCA